CAAAGUGGGGGUGGGAACAUGGAAGUUCCUGAUUUCUAUGACCGCCAACGCUGGGAAGUCAGACGCCCCAAAAGAGGCGAAGCCGACCCAGCCCUGCCCAGGCCUCUCCACGAGGGCGGAGGCGCAGGAAAACCUGGCCACAACUCGCUGUAAUGUGAGCCUGGCUCCCGCGAAGGGCGACAGGGGUAGAGCAAGGAACUGGCUCCGGAGCUGGGGAGAGACUGGGGGCGCUUCUCCCUUCGUGGGCUGAGGCCGGCGGGCGUCCCGGAGGAGGUGUAAUUUGAGCAGAGCAUCCAAGGUCACGCGGAGACGUCAGGGGGGCUCUGAUGAAAGAACUUCUUAGGGGUUUUGAAGAACAGGCGUCCCUCUCACACAGCGCAGCCCAACACAGACGGAGAGGGGCGGGUCCCGAGGCCGCGGCCGGGUGUCCGCUCGGGAAUCUUCGGCUCGGCAGUGCCCCCAUCUCCGGCCUCGGCCUCGAGCCCAGGGCCGAUCCGGAAACAGCCGAGCGGAUCCGGAAACAGCCGAGCGGACCCGGAAGCGGUGAGCGCCGUCACUAGGGAGUGCGGGAAUCCGCCGUUUGCGCGGAGGCAAUGGCGGCUGCUGCGCCGGCGGCCGCGGGCGAGGAUGGCCGGGGACGACGGCUGGGGGCCGCACUGGACCCUCAGCCUCAGGAGGGGCCCAAGGUGGAGGCUGAGUCAGGGGAGCUCGGCCGGCUUCGGGCUGAGCUGGCAGGUGCCCUGGCGGAAAUGGAGACCAUGAAGGCGGUGGCAGAGGUGAGCGAGAGCACGAAGGCAGAGGCUGUGGCUGCAGUUCGGCGGCAAUGCCAAGAGGAGGUGGCCUCGCUGCAGGCCAUUUUGAAAGACUCCAUCAGCAGCUACGAAGCCCAGAUCACUUCUCUGAAGCAGGAGCGGCAGCAGCAGCAGCAGGACUGUGAGGAGAAGGAGCGGGAGCUGGGUCGCCUGAAGCAGCUGCUGUCCCGGGCUCACCCCCUGGAUUCCUUGGAGAAGCAGAUGGAAAAGGCCCACGAGGACUCGGAGAAGCUGCGGGAGAUUGUGCUGCCCAUGGAGCAGGAGAUUGAGGAGCUGAAGGCGAAACUGCUGCGGGCAGAGGAGCUGAUUCAAGAGAUCCAAAGACGGCCCCGGCAGCCUCCUUCCCUGCAUGGCUCCACGGAGCUGCUGCCCCUGUCCCGGGACCCAUCUCCCCCGCUGGAGCCUCUCGAGGAGCUGAGUGGAGAUGGGGGGGCGGCCGCGGAGGCCUUCGCCCACAACUGUGACGACAGCGCUUCCAUCUCCUCCUUCUCCCUUGGCGGUGGGGCCGGCAGCAGUGCCUCCCUACCCCGGCCCCGCCAAGGCCUAAGCCCCGAGCAGGAGGAGACAGCCUCGCUGGUGUCCACGGGCACCUUGGUCCCCGAGGGCAUCUACUUGCCCCCUCCUGGUUACCAGCUGGUCCCAGACAACCAGUGGGAGCAGCUGCAAGUGGAGGGGCGGCAGCUGCAGAAGGAUCUGGAGAGCCUCAGUCGUGAGCGAGAUGAGCUGCAAGAAGGCUUAAGACGGAGCAAUGAGGACUGCGCCAAGCAGAUGCAGGUGCUCCUGGCCCAGGUCCAGAACUCAGAGCAGCUGCUGCGGACCCUGCAGGGGACCGUGAGCCAGGCCCAGGAGCGGGUUCAGCUGCAGAUGGCGGAGCUGGCCACCUCCCACAAGUGCCUGAGCCAUGAGGUAAAGCGGCUGACUGAAGAAAACCAAGGGCUCCGGGCUGAGCAGCCGUCAUCUGCUGCCCCACAGGGCCUGGAGCAGGAGGAGGGCCCUGAGGAGUCACUGCCCAGCUCAGUGCCGGAGCUGCAGCAGCUGGUGCGCCGCACACAGCAGGAGGCGCGGGCCCAUCAGCAGGCCCAGGAGCACAAGGCUGAGCGCCUGCGGAUCGAGAUCGUGACGCUGCGGGAGGCGCUGGAGGAGGAGACGGCAGCCAGGGCCAGCCUGGAGGGCCAGCUGAGGGUACAGCGGGAGGAGACAGAGGUGCUGGAAGCCUCCCUGUGCAGCCUGAGGACGGAGAUGGAGCGUGUCCAGCAGGAACAGAACAAGGCCCAGCUCACAGACCUCCUCUCAGAACAGAGGGCCAAGGUGCUGCGGCUGCAGGCUGAGCUGGAGACCAGUGAACAGGUGCAGAGGGAUUUUGUCCGGCUGUCCCAGGCCCUGCAGGUGCGCCUGGAACGGAUUCGUCAGGCGGAGAAUCUGGAGCAAGUGCAGAGAAUCAUGGACGAGGCGCCCCUCCGGGACAUCAGAGACAUCAAGGACACCUGAGGCGUCCGCGGGGGAACCCACCUGCCCAGGGAGACUGGUUUUCUCCACCGCAGACCAUGAGUCUCAGGCUUCCGGGGUCUCAGGCUCAUCUUCUCCCUCUAUAAACUGGGGUUCGGUGGUGGGGCUGCUACCGCCCUGUCCCUCCGGUGCCUCUUCCUAGGGUGGCUGGGCCUUUUGCUUUCAAGGAUGCCACCUGGGCGAGGGGCUCCCCCAGGAACCAAAGGUGCAGGUGCAGCCCUGUGACUUUCUGGCUGUCCUGCUUCACGCCCCCCAGCCAGACGCACAGGCUCGCCAGGCACGGCCAGGCCCCUUCCCCGGGCACGGCCAAGCCGUGAAGGGUGGUGGAGCCUCCAGUCCAGGUCAGCCGGGUCCCUCCACAUAUGCGCCCCAAGACAGGCAGCUGCUUUCUGGACUGCAUGACACUAAGAUGCUUGUGCCCCAGGAUGCAGGCCCGAAGAUGCACACAGAGGCAAGGCCAGACUUUUCUGUCAUUUAUUUUCAAUAAAUAAGCAGCUCAGCUCAAUCGGUCGCCUUGUCCCUGCAAGCCCCAUGGGG